UUGGCGUGCUCGUGACGCCGCGGCGCGCGGGGCCGAUCGCAUUCCGAUGUGAGAAGCGAUGUAACCGCUGUGCGGACUCCGCGUCUCCUCCACGCUGCUCGCGAGGACCCAACAUGUCCGACCCGAAGGAGGCGAACGCUUGUCCCGACGGCUACCGGGCCCUGAGCACCGGCGAGCUCCGGGAGCUCCUACUGAACGACGACAAAAUGGACCAAAUCCUCCGACUCAAUGAAAAGCUUCAGGAGCUCCAGGUGGACAGGGAGGCGCUGCAGACGACCAAUCGGAGCCUCGCCGAGGACAGCCUCGCCCGACAGCCCCGCCUGUGCAACGGCAAAGUCCAACUGGCGGAGAAAUACCGGGAGCUGUCCAACCUGGCCACCGCCUGCCGGGAAAAACGGAGUCAGCUCGGGACUCGCGGCGAGAAACGCGGGCUGCAGACGGCGCAGAGCCUCCUCCAGGAGGAGGUGGCUCGUGCCGAGGAGCAUUCAGAGGAGCUGCUGGAGAAGUUCAUGGAGGGCGCCGCGAGCCUGGACCAGUUCCUGGACUCCUUCCAGAGCUCCAGGAAGACGUACCACGUCCGCCGGGCCCAGGCGGAGAAGAUGCAGGAGGCAGCGCGGGCCAAGCGGCCGGCGAGCAAGGCCACGGGGGCGGAGGAGAGCGGGGGGGUGAAGCGGGACUCGGAGCCGCCGCGGCCCCCCAACGGCUUCGUGGCUCAGGGUCCCCUCCGCGUGUUCCAGGUCCGCUACGGCCUCACGCCCGCCAUCCUCCUCCCCCACUACCCCGUCUCUCCCCCCGCCUCGGCGCCGUGCUGCGCUCCGCCGCCCGAGCCCCAGCCGGGCCACGCCCACAGCCACGCCCACCUCCUCAGCAACCCGAUCCCGGGGCACGGCCAGCCGGUGGGCCUCAGGGUCAUCGGACAGUUACCGGGCGGCUGGCCGGCCAACGGGAGGCCGGUGAGGAUGCAGCAGCUUUACAGGCCCAACCCUCAGCAGCCGGAACCGCCGUACCGAUAAAGCUCCGAGAGGAAGAGGAGGGAGGGGGGGGUGAUGAAGAGCCGCUAUGACACGGAACCAAACAGUGACUGUCACAACCACGCGGGCCAAGACUGAUCCAGAGUCAGAAAGCGCCGCGGACAUAUCUGUUGUCCAUCUAUGACACACACACACACACGAGGGCAGGACGAGGGACCCGCACACUAACAACCAAUCGCUGAUCAGGCCUCUCCUUAUUGUUGACGAUGGAAACGUAUGCAGCAAUCUGCCGGGCUGAUUUUUGGCGUUUGGGGGGCUUCUCUCCAGCGUUGCCGUGGUGAUUUUUGGCGUUUUGGGGGGCUUCUCUCCAGCGUUGCCGUGGCUACGAUGGCCAAGUGGAGCCAGCGGAGACGCCGCUUCUGUCCGAGCGUCAUGAUCCGAGCUGAAGUUGUUCAUCAUUCGGGUCGGAGGCUUUGUUCUGGUGGCGUUUGGUGAUGGUGUCGUGAGGUGUGAAAGCCUCUAACGGAUCCUUUCAUAUCGCCGGUUUCCUUCUGCUCGGACACUUUGACUCACUUUGAGUCAAAGCUGAGAUUUGAUAUACGAUUUGAUAACGAAGCUCACACACCCUUUUCAGAUUUUAAUUAUUUAAUUAUUAUUUUUAUAUAUCUAUACUUUAAAGGGCUGUGAAGCUCAAGGUUGUGAAGCACAUCUCGGUAGGAAAACGGAACAAAAAGGAUGUCCUUGUUCAAAGAGGCUUUGAGAGUUCAGACGGCAUCAAGAAAAUGAUGCUUUUAAUAUAAACUCAUCAAACCGCAACAUUCACACCAGAUCAUCAAUGCUGAUGAUUACAUGAAGUUUUAACCAAAACCACCGGAGAGAGGGGUAUUUAUUCAUUAUUCCCAGAACAUAACCUGCCAACCCCCCCCCCCCUCCAUAAAAAGCCUUCUUGUGCAAUUUCAUCAACAGUGCUGGAGCUCACAUGAUUUAUUUAUUCAUGUAAAUCCCAUUUUAAACGGCUGACUUCAAAGCUUCUUGUUUAGCGUGGAUAAAUGAAGAGCCCCCCCCCCCCCACCCACCCCCCCAUGAGGAUGAAGUUUGAGGGGAAUUUCAUCUGAAAAUGAAUGGAGACAAACACAAGGUUUGCCCCUCUCUCCUUUUCAAACAUUCACCCAAAGGGAAUAUCUCUGGAUUGUAGUUUUAGAUUUUUCUCAUUAAUAACUCAUUUAGCAGCUUGACACACACAUAAGGAGCCUUCAGUGCUAUAACAAACAUCUCUUCACACUCAUGUUCUGUGAAGAGGAGGAAUGUGGUUCUGUUUUAUCUUUUCAUAUCUAAUAACACAAACUAACUGCUGAGAUCUGUGACUGAAGCUACCAGGCUAAAAAUAACUUGUUAUCCAAUAUGUAAUAUUGAACUGAAGCAUCAGCAGCUUAUGGAAAGACGAGAAUAGAAGCUGCUAUGAAAGAUUUUGGUAAAAGAAAAAAACAGCCUUUUCUUCUUCUGUUUUUCUCUGACUUCCUAUUUAUUGUGAGAUCUUUUGGUAAAGCUGUUGUCUGUUGCCACGUUCACAGAUCUGUACAGUGUUUUUAAUUAAAUUAUAAAACAGAUUCUUGUA